AUGAGCCGCACUGUGGCGUCGUCCCAGCUGAUGGACCCCUUCCUGAUCGACGUCGUGGACGAGGAGUGGAUGCGGGACACGCUGCCUGACGACGACGUACCGCUGCCUCCCGGCGUGGCGCCCCCGCCCGAUGACUCAGACGACCUGCUGCUGCGGGGCGGAGGGGGCAGCGACGCGCCGGGCAACGGCCGCGGCAGCCGGCCGGGCCGGGAGGGCUGGGGCGAUCUGGGGGUGGAUGGCCUCCACUGA